CAUGCAAACUGUACUCCAAGAGCAACCUGCGCACCAAAUCGGACGGGGUGCAGUUCCUCCGGCUCAAAGAGGACUUUCCCGUGGGAGGCGAGAUAGUGUCGCUGUAUGCCUACCCGCGGAACUCGAUUCUGAUUGCCCGGACGGAGAAUUCCAGCGAUGAAGAGUACUUCCGGCUGAAGGAGGUCAACAGUACGGCCGUUAGUGUGAUACUGAACCGGAGUCUGGAUCAGCUGGUGGAUAGCGACAAUCCGCAGAGUAUACUGAAGUUCAGCGUGUUUUGCAGCGGGACGUCGAUGGCCAUGAAGCAGGAUAAUCAGUCGUCAUUUUUCACAAUUACUGUUUACAUUGAAGAUAUCAACGAUAAUGAUCCCGAAUUUAUCAAUCUACCGUAUGCGAUCACGCUGGACGAAUCAACGCCAAUUGAGACGGUGGUGUUUAAUAGAAUUAAGGCAAUUGAUCGUGAUAAGCCAAACACGCCGAAUUCCGACAUCGAGUACGCGAUCGCACCGAAGCAGAUCAAGAGCGGCGACUUCCCGUUUCGUCUGGAGAGCUCACAGAAGCCGAAGCUGAUCCUGCAGCGUCCGCUGGACUACGACACCGGCCUGCACUCGAUGAACGUGCUGGUGAUUGCGAGCGAUCGUGGGAACCCACCGAGGACUGCGAACGCGACGGUACGGGUGACGAUUCGAGACGUGGACGACCUGUCGCCGAUCUUCACCCGGGCAAUUUACCGCACCAAGCUGAAGGAGUCGUUUCCGAUUACGGGCAAACCCGUCCAUCAGCCGGUUUACUUUGAUCCUCCGAUCGGGGCGUUCGAUCAGGACUCGUUGAAUGCGUCGCUGAUCUACAGCAUAAUUGGCGGGAAUGAGCGGAAACUGUUCUGGAUGUCGCCAGAAACGGGGAUGAUCUUUCUGCAGAAGGAGAUCGAUCUGGAGGCGGAGAGCUUGCCGGACAACACGAUGGUGCUGCAGAUCGAGGCCAGGCAGGCGAACAACCCGUCCAGAAAUGCGCUGGCUAGGGUUGAGAUGGAGAUCAUCGAUCUGAACGACAACCUGCCGGAGUUUGAGGUCGAUCUCUACAACAUCUCGAUUAUCGAGAACCUUCCGAAAGGGUUCAGCAUUCUACAGGUGAACGCGAUCGAUCGCGAUCAGGGUGAGAAUGCCGAGUUCUAUUACUACUUGGCCAACGAGAAUCCGAAGGGGGCGUUUGUGAUAGAUCACAUGUCCGGUUGGAUCGUGGUGAAUGACGAGACCUACCUGGACAAGGAGGCUCGGAGUUCGCUGCACAUGACGGUCAACGCCAUGGAACGGAUCGAGCAGGUCGAUCGAAGUCGGAACUAUGGAACGGUUCAGGUGGAGAUCACACUGCUGGAUACGAACGACAAUACGCCGGAGUUUGAACAGGGAACUUUGUAUGAAUUUAAGGCGAAUUGUAGUGCUGCGAUUGGGAGUAAGGUCGGAUCAAUCAAGGCUAUUGAUCCGGAUGAUCUAGGGAACGGGCAGGUACAGUAUCACAUUAAGAACGUUCGGCCGAAUCUGGCGAUUCCGUUCAAGCUUGAUUCGGAUACCGGGGAUAUCAAGGUUACAGAGCCCUUGACGUACGGGAAGAUCGCGUUUUUUGUGGAGGCUCGUGAUCAACCUCAGAACCCUUCCGAGUCGCGAUUCAACGUAGCGCUGGUGACGAUCGAUAUAGUCUGCCAAUCGAUCGAAGAGAUUGAGUUCAUCGGGGCACCGUAUGAGUUCUGGGUGGGAGCGGAUGCUCCGAUUGGAGCAUCCGUGGGUCAGAUCCGGACUACGUUCGACUCAAACACAGAAGAAGAGAUAUUCUUUGAUCUUCUUCAUUCUUACCCCGAAGGUGUGCCAUUCGCCAUCGAAGAACGGUCGGGGAUCGUGACCGUGAUCGAAGGUCUGGACAAGUUUGACCGCCGGUGUUACGAAUUUGAAACGGUUGUAUCCUACCUUCCUAAUGCCGAAGGUAAGGUUGUCGAUCAACUAACCCCGGAAGCGUACAACAAUCUGGAGAAGAUCAUCGUAACGAACGUCACCAUUCACGUGAUCAAGAACAACUUCAUGCUUCUGAGAGGUACCAAUUCUACCCCGAUCGAGUUCAAGAUCAAAGAGAACAAACCGAAUGCGAUCAUCGGACAGCUUAAAUUCCAAGAUUUUCAGGAACAAUGCGAGGCGGACGAGAAAGGUCUCCCUUCGUUGAUAUCUGUGCGCGGUGAUCGCAACCGUGGCGAUCGCCAGGUUUUCAAUCUGAACGGUAAGAACCGAACACGGUAUGGACGGAGGUUUAUUCGUGAGGCAUCACCGGACUUCGUCCAGCUGUAUCCCUUGGUUUCUUUUGACGCCAUGUACACAACCAAUGGAACAACCAGAAAAGCGAGGAAUUCCAGGUACUCUCGCAACCCGACCAGUGGAGUUCAGUAUUCGCUGGUCAACAGCUACGAUGUGUCCGAAACGAUUCGGCUUACCAACGAUGGUAAGUUGAUGACAGUUAAAGGUCUCGAUCGCGAGAAGCAAGACACGAUCAAAGUUACGAUCAUCGCCGAGUACUUCUACAAACAUCGAACCUUCGCGGGGAUCUACCAAGUCGUGAUCCUCGUGGAAGACGAAAACGACAACCCGCCGAAGUUCAACCAGCCGUACUACUUGGGAGUGAUCGCGGAGAACUCUCCGAUCGGAACGGAGAUCGUCCUGAACAACCCCAUCGUCAUCACCGAUCAGGACAUCGGCGUGAACUCCGAGUACGACCUUGUCCUCGCCGGGGAAUCCAAUUCUUUCGCAGCCCAGUUCUCCAACUCGACCCUGUCGAACUACAACAAAACGGUGGCGCACAUCUUCAAGAACCUUCAGAUCGCCAAUAUCGACUCGAGCGAAGUCCUCAAUCGACGAGUUGAUUUCCGAGCGAAGCCGUACGAGGGGACAAACGGAUCAACGCCGCACUACAAUAUCCUCUUCAUGGGCCCGAACAAGCUCGAUCGAGAGGAGAUCGACAGUUUGAACCUGAAGAUGAUGGCCACCGAUCGCGACAGUUUGACCUCGGAGGUGGAGCUGAGGAUUCUGAUCUUGGACGUGAACGAUAAUCCGCCGAUCUUCGAUAAGAUCGCAAUCUUCCGGAAGAGCAAGUGUGAGAUGCUGGAGAACACGAGUGAUCUGGAGCUGUACUAUUUGGACGAGCUGGAGACGGAAGUGUUGCCGGGUUUUAUGGACGUGGGUAUGGAGACGGCCCGGAUGAGUUACGGGGUUGAAAGCUUGUUCGAGAUGGUUCAGUCGGCGCCGUACGUGGGGAUGCCGAGGUUGCUCGACGGGCAACUGAUGAUGGGUAAUCGAUCGAUGACCAUGAAGAGGAAGCUGUACAAACCGAAGGGGCGGCUACGAGGUGGUGGAAGAAACACGAGGUCGGUCAGCAAGAAGUCGGGGUUGCGGUUCAGCCUUCCGGAGAAUGUGGAGAUCGGGAAGGUGAUCUUGAAGCUGACAGCAAGCGAUGAGGACUUCGAUAAGAAUUCUAUGGUGUUCUAUGAAAUUGUGAAUCAGGAGGAGUUUCCAUCGAAGAAUAGAAGUAGUUAUUUCAAAAUCGAUCGAUCAAGUGGAGAGCUGAAGGCGGUUAAACGACUACCGCCAGAGACGGAGAUCAAGUUGAACAUCUCGGCGAAGGAUGUUGGAGGACUGACGGACGUGAUAAGUUUGGAGUUCAAGGUCUACGACGUGAAUGACAACUCUCCGGUGUUUGAACAGCAGUGGUACACUUUCAAAGUGGAGGAAGGAAGCUACCCGAUCACUGGGAAGAGCAUAGGUCAGGUGCGAGCCACAGACGAAGACUUGGGGAUGAAUGGCAAUGUGUCGUAUCUUCUGCUGGCGGAAGAUGACAUGAAGAUCCCUUUCUCGAUCUCUCCUUCGGAUGGAACAAUUCGGGUUUCCGGAGAGAUCGAUCGCGAGUCCGUCUCUUCGUACCACUUCAAGGUAUUGGCGUCGGACAACAACUUCGAUCUGAAACUAUCCGCCAUGGUUGACGUUGAAGUGAUCGUACUGGACAAGAACGACAACAGCCCGGAGUUUACCACUUACGACGAGCUACACUACGACCGGAACAGUAUUAAGCGUCUCCCCGUCUACGUAUCGUACAUCAACGUCAACGCAAAACCAGGGACGUUCGUAAAACAAGUACAAGCGAAAGACAACGACUUUGCCGAGAACGGAAAUGGCCUGGUGAUCUUUUCUCUGACAAGUCAGAGCGAUCUCUUGCAGUUCAACAUCGAUCCCAAGGAUGGGGUGAUCACCACAGCAUCCAAAUUCGUUCCACCAACGAAUCGUAAAACCUACCAGCACAUCAACGUCACGGUAGUUGCCUCCGAUUUUGGGACACCCCCGCGAUCGAGCAGUUCCCUGUUGAUCGUGAACCUCCAAGGCGAUCCGGACAGACUGAACGCAGCCGACGAACGGGUCCCACUCUUCCCAUACAAGUACUACGAACUGGAACUACGCGAAAAUGAACCCGCUCCUCGGAUAGCUCUGAACAUAACCCUGAACAAGAAGUACGCCAAAGAUCACUUCCGAUGGACGAUCGUAACCGACGAUCACGGAGACAAAUUCAGAAUUGACGAGAAGAAUGGAUCGCUUUGGCUGCUGCAGCCACUGGACCGCGAAGAGCAGGAUUCUUAUGAGAUCAAGAUCAAAGUGGAUAAGAUCAAGACCCGAGAGAGCCGUAACAUUCCAAGUGUUCUGUACGCCCUGGAGAAUCCGGUUCGGAAAAGAACCAGUAAACUCCACGACAACGAGGUGGAGAUUCUGAUCAAGGUGAUGGACGUCAACGACAAUGCACCGAUCUUCAAAGAUAACGAAGGACCGAUCAUUGCGGUUGUUCCCGAUCGAGCAAACUACGGCUACUCAGUGUUGAAGGUCGAAGCGUACGAUCAGGACGCUGGAAGCAACGGUGAAAUCCGUUACUCGCUACUCAACGAACCGGCUCGUCUGUUCGACGUGGAUGCUUUGACGGGUCAGAUCCGGCUGCUCAGUUCACUGAUCAACUACCAGGAUCGCGUGUUCGGGUUCGACGUCAAGGCGACGGACCGAGUAGGCGCUGACGACGGACAGUCGACGAUCGCCAACGUCUUUGUUUACGUGCUGAACUCUCAUCAGGAGGUCCGCAUGAUCAUGGCCGGUCUUCCGGUGGAGGUCGAAAAGCAGAUGGGAAUGAUCACCGCCAGUCUGAGCCUUGCCACAGGGUAUGACGUGCGGAUACGUGCCUUGGAGAGCAACAACAAGGUGGAUGACGCCACAAACUUGUUCCUGUAUGCCAUCGAUCGCAAGUCCAAUUCCCUGGUGGAAAUGGGAGAGCUUCAGCGAUCCCUCGCAUCGCUGGAUAUGGCAAAUUUGAAGCCAAAUUUGCCCAUCAUCGAACUGACGGAGCUGUCGUUGAAUGCGCUGGAACCGCAUCCGUACGACGCCGGCAUGAAGGGGAUCGAACUGGCCACGGUCGUCAUCGGGGGGCUGAUUUUCGCCGGCGGAACGGCGACGGCCCUGUGCAUCGCAUGCGCCCGGUACCGACGUGCAUUGUAUAGCAACUAUCGAUAUUAAAUCUCGGGUUAACUAUUAAAAGAGCAAACGAGCACGCCACGCACCACCAUGAUUAUAGUCAACAUUAUUGUAUCGUAAUCAUCCUAACAACUAGCGCUUAAGAGAUGAAGGAAAUAACCAAUUGUUUUACUGUUAGGAUUGAAACUGUGAGGACUGAGAUAGGGUAAUGUAGUUAGUGCAUGUUUUAGAUAAACAAUAUUCUUCAAAUAAUACUUAAACUUAUAGAACACAUUCUUUUAUU